AGCAAUCAGAACUCAGAUUCCCAUACAAAGAUAUAGAUAAAAAGAUACGUAGAUACGUAGCUACGCAGACAUGUACAGAUACAGGAAAUUAGUGCUCCUGCAGCUGCUGAUGCUGCUGCUCCUACUGACUGCUGCUGUUGCCUCGGCGGGACAGAUACGGGAUGCUGCCGAGGAGGUGGAUGUGCCGCCUGCCCAUCGGGCUGCCCCGCCGCCACAGACAGCUGCUGCUGCUGCACCGCCACCACCACUACCACAGGGAGGACCACCGGGCGGACCUCUUGUGGGCGUUGUGGGUGUGCCGCCGCCAAGCUAUCCCUUGUUCUACCCAGCUGCGUGGCUGCCAUUCGGACGCUACAGCGCCUCCAUUCCCCUUGUGCCACCAGCACCUGUGGCACUUACUGGUGCCACAGCACCAUGAGUCAGCCUAAAGUCAAGGCCCUAACUGCCGGACACGGCUGUGGCUCUUCUUGUUGAAUGUUCGUUUAUUAUUUGUUAUAUCUGACGUUUGUUUCGGUUUUGUUUGUUUUUAUUGGAAAUAUACGAUUUAUAA